CAGGCUUUUAGUUAGUGGUGAUUUAAUAUGCCAGAUUCGAUGAGUCAUGGCGAGUGUACUUCCAACCCACCUGCCAAGAUGAAUGUGGCUAGUGCAUCUUUUGGAGGUAGCACUUUUUGGCAACGUAGAGAGGAUAUUUUUAAACGCCUGCAACAGAGCGCGGAAAAAUGUAAAGUUAAAUUUAGUGGAAAAAAGGAAUUGGCCACGGAAAAAGAUGAUAGCGUUGCCGAAUUGUGUGAGGCAUUAGAAGACGCUUUUACAUACGGUUUAAAACAAAAACAUUCAGUAGUUACUUUGACAGCGGCCAGUUUGUUUCAUAAUAUGCAUGAGAUAGUAACAGGUAAUAGCUCGGUUAUCAAUGACAGCAAUGGUGACACCACAUUUUGGGACUUUUGUCAAACACAUUUGACACCACACGAACGCGAACGUUACACACAAUUGAAACAUGUCUGGACGAAAUGUGGUCUUGGCAAGGCAUUUAUACGUGCUACGCUGAACGAGAACUCACUGCAGCGUUAUUUACUCACAUGGUUGGCUGAAGAAGACACUUUGCGUCGUUACUACACACAAUGGUCGCUGCUGUUGGACGCCAACGCCAGCAAAGAAUUACCACAAAUUAUAGGCUCACUACAUGAUGUGCUCUUUGCGUUGACCGUUAAUUCAACGGAGUUGAAUGCACCAACGCGCAUUACACCACUUCAACCAAAUAAAGAGGAACCUGUUAUAUAUGCGCCUACACCUGUACCCACUGCUGGCAGCAAAAAUAAGCGCAGAAGCCAACCAGUGGAACGCCCCAUUUCAACUGCCAGUUCCACAGAAGAUUUAAUGAAAGUUAUACAAGAAGUCACGAGGGUGGCAAACGAAAAAGAACAUGUGGACAUAUUUCAAACUAUGGUGGAACUGCCAGUGCAGACAGAUGCUGAUACAACACCACCAGAUCCCAUAGAACCAGAAUUAGCAUUUCUGAAAGAGCCUUUGCCCGACAUUUUUCCACAAGCGGCAACACAAAGUGAGCAGCACGCAAAGACAACUACGCAUACUGUCAGUAAUAACUGUAAUGGCGCCAAACCAGCCGUUGUGCAUGAGCACGAAUAUGAAGACAAGAGCGACUCAUCGUCGCAAUAUAGUAAAUCAUCAUCUGCCAAUUGCACGGUUAAUCAUGCAGCUAUGGAGGAGCGUUUACGUGAAAUGGAGGAACGUUGCACGUUGUUGGAGACGCGCGUCGCGCAAUUAACACGCGAAAAUCGUCAACUCGUAAGACGUUUAACGCAAAAUUUCAAUGGCCUAGCAAUUGAUCCGACAGCCUCCUUGGCUACUAACUUUCUCAUAACCAUUCCGACAGCUGAGCUGAAGAAGACAAAACACGGCACAUCCUACUACACCUACGAGAUACACAUAACCAUGCGUCAAAACUUGGAACACUGGUCGUUAUUGCGUCGCUAUCGUGACUUCCACAAACUGCAUAAAUCGCUGCUACACACGCAUCCCACUGUGUCUUCGGUGGAAUUUCCACCUAAAAAGCACUUUGGCAACAUGAACUUGGCCUUCGUGGAGGAACGUCGUCAGCAAUUGCAAAUCUAUUUGUUGAAUGUGGUGGAAGUGUUGCCACAAGUGGAGGCUUGCAAGUCCAAGGCGGAAUUGCAGAAAAUAUUUCCCUUUCUGCGCGAGCGGUAACAGCAGUAAUUGUUGGUAUAAGCCUUUUUUCGUUUAAUAGUAUUAAAUUGUUAUGCACUUGAAAGUGUUUGUUUGUUCGAGGAGCUGCUCUAUUUAUGUUUUGUGCCACUGUCAAGAGGUUGCCGUUGAUUAUUAUUUUUUCACGUUUUGUUCAAUACUGUAAACAUGCAUAUGCAUAUAACUA